AGUAUCAACUCAACUAUCAAUUAACCGUAUAAAAUUUUACUUAAGGUUAUGUUAUGUAAAAUUUAAACUUGAAAGGCAACUGAACUUAUAUAUCAAAUUAAAGUUACAUACCUCAAAAUGUUUUACGAAUAAAAAUAUAUCCUACUCUGAGCCGAUUAUCUAUUUUGAAAUCAAUAUCUUUUCAAUAUGUUUCGACAUUUUAUAAAAGUUUUAGAACCAUUUAAAAAUCAACUAAGUCGGGCUGUUGCUGGCAAUGGUAAUGCAUUCCAGCAAAACUGUGUUUCUAAAGAGCAAAAAUUAACAGAGGCAUUAAAGAAAUCACUACCAGGCAUCACAUAUGUUAGCGUAGAAGACAUAUCUGGAGGCUGUGGUGCUAUGUUUGAAGUUAGUAUAGAAGCAAAAGAAUUCAAGGGUUUGUCAACAGUUAAACAACAUCGCUUGGUAACAGAAUCCUUAAAGAGUGAAAUAGCUGAGAUGCAUGGCAUUAGGAUUCACACCUCACCUUCACCAAACGGCCACUGAUGCAAACCAAACUGUUAGAAAAUAAUAUUAACAAUUAUGAUUGUGUUUUAUUUCAUUUCAAAAUAAAUGUCUCAAUUCUCUGUCAUCAUAAUGUUUAUCUUGAGGCAAAUAUAUAAACCAUGUGAUUUAGUUUUAAGCAACCUUAGGCAUCUCUGUUGUUUUUCUUUAAAUAUUUAGUAUAUAGUAGAUACUUUUAUAUGUGUAGUAAUAUAUCUACAAAUGUUUUUGCCCUGUUAUAAUGUUAUGUUUUUUAAAUUUUAAUGUUAUACUGGGAAUAGUGAUGAAAAAAUAAAUAUAAGUGUGGUAAUGAC